CCAGCUUUGGAUUACGCGUCCAAACAAUCCUAAUUAAUCCGGCAGCACUCCACUGGCAGCAUAUGCCUCGCGGCACAUAGGAUUAUAUAAAGCGCAGGGCUCCGGCGGAAGAACACAUCUCACAAAGUUCAGAUCAGCGCGCAGUGUAGUGUUGCCAAGUAUUUCGUGGGUGGCAUCGAUCGAGGAAGAGAGACACCAUGAGCUACCCGCCGCCGGGCACCGCGUACCCUCCGCCGGGCCAGCAGCAGGCGUACCCGCCGCCGGGCAACGGUUACGGCUACCCUCCUUCGGGCCAGGAGCAGCCGCAGCAGCAGCAGCAGGCAUACCCGCCGCCGGCGUACGGCGCGCCGCCGCCCGUCGCCGCCGACUACUACCAGCCCAAGGACGGCGGCGCGUACCCGCCGCCGCAGCAGCAGGCGUACGGCGCGCCGCCGCCCGUCGCCGCCAACUACUACCCGCCGCCCCAGCAGCAGCAGGCCCCGCCGCCGCCGCCGCCGGAGGCGCAGAGCCGCGGCAGCGACGGCUUCUGGAAAGGAUGCUGUGCCGCAAUCUGCUGCUGCUGCCUGCUCGACAUGUGCCUCUGAUCGAUGUUGCACAGGAUGAUGAUCCACAUGCAGCUGCUCGCCAUCGAUCGGAUCGUCGUUUCCUUGGCACAUCUUGGAUUUGGCUUAAUUCUGUAAUCACCAUGUCGCUCAGUUACCAUACCAAUCAGUCGAUUUGCUUUGUUGCUUCUUUCUUAGCGGAACCCCUCCCUGUAAUUUGUUGGCCAUGAAUUGGAUAUGUCAAGUUAUUUUCAGCAUCCAGUA